GAUAUCUGAGUACCCCUGUACUUCGUAUAUGUCAAAUUUGUUAACAAUGCUAUUUGUGUUUAUGUAGCUUGUUUAUAUUUUAUAUAGAAUUAUAUAUUAUUAACUCAGAUUUUGUUUAAAUUUCUCGAAUUGUAAAAUAAAAUGCGUCAUUUUGUGAAUUAUGUGGUGAUUGUGUUAUCGCUAUGCACUGUGGGUUCUCUUGCUAUACGCUGUUACCAAUGCUCUUCUGAUCAGGAUCGGAAAGGUUACGAUAGUUGUGGUGCUUAUAAACCAUUUAAUCGGACGGAACAUAUCCCUAUCGAAUGUAACAGCGAUGAAUCACAUAUGCCCGGAUCGUUUUGCAUGAAGGUAGUACAGCAAGGCCCUAAGGGUUUCAUCUGGGAUGGCCGUUGGCGUCAAGUAAUUAGGCGCUGCGCCUCGGUAUCCGAGACAGGUGUGACUGGUGUCUGCAAUUGGGGUGUUUAUGAAAACGGCGUCUAUUGGGAAGAAUGUUAUUGCUCUAAUGACAGCUGUAAUGGCUCCUCAAGUAUUAAUUUAUCAAAAAGGAGUUUCGCAAUAGCAAUAAUUGCAAUAUUAACGCUGUCAGGCAAGAAGUUUAUGAAUUAACCAACGAAUCAAACGAAAAAUGUCUCGAAAAAACCAUUCCGUCCAUUUUAUUGGUUUUCUUUUUAUAAUAAUGACCAUUAUUAUGUAAUCGUCCGUAAACUUAAGUGCCUUAAUGUAAGCAUUACGCUUUAAGUUCAAAAUGUAAAAAUAUAUAUUUCACGUACAAAAUUUUUUACACAUACACUACAAUGUAUACAUAAUAAAACAGACAACAUUUAGUGCAAAUAGAA